AUGAGAUUUACAAAGAUUCUCAGAACUUCUAAUUUAUGUCAUCAAUAAAUAAUCACAAUACCAACUUAAGUGAGUUAAAUUGACAAUAUAGAGAGCAGAAGGCGAUUCUCAACUCAAAUUAAACAGGAUGAUUAAUAAACUGUGGUAGCAGCCAAUCAAGAUGAUUUCUUCACAAACUAGAGUGAAUAAGAUCUCUAAGUUAUUUCUAAAAUUCCACCUAAAGUUGACCCAAACCUUAUUUAUGAAGGCUAAAUUGUCGAUAGACAAACUGAGGAGAACUAUGAGACAUAAAAUGCAAUGAUGUAUGACUAAAAAUUCUCAGAUAAAGUGAAAGUAUUCGUCAGAGGAGGAGAUGGUGGCUCUGGGUGUAUUGGCUAUCUUAAGGGAAACUAUCAAACAAAGUAGCCUGACGGUGGAUGUGGAGGCAGAGGAGGAGAUGUAUAUUUCACAGCAACUGAGAAAUUGAAUAGUUUGUACGAUUUGAGAAGAGCGCAUUUCCUUGGAAACAAUGGAGGUCAUGGAAGAGGGAAGAAGAGAGAUGGAACUAUAGGAAGAGAUAAAUCAUAUAAUGUGCCAAUUGGAACUGAAAUCUAUGAAAUUUAGUACUAAAAGAAGGCAGCUGAUGAAGCUAGUACUGAGCAAGAUAUCACAAAAAUUAAAUUAGCAGAUUUAGAUGCAGAGAAUCAAACCUAUCUCAUGGCUAGAGGUGGUAAAGGAGGAGCGGGAAAUUUCAAAAGAAAAGACUUAUAAGCUAGAAUGCCAGGCUAAACAGGAGAGCAUAAGGAAUAUGAGCUAAAACUUAAAAUGAUUGCAGAUAUGGGAUUUAUUGGAUUCCCAAAUGCAGGAAAGUCUACUCUGCUAGCUGCUAUAACUAGAGCUUUUCCUAAGAUUGCUCACUAUCCAUUUACUACUCUAAGACCAUACAUAGGCUAUGCAAAGUUCGUUGAUGAAUCUAAAAUUUUAUUCGCUGAUUUGCCAGGAAUUAUAGAAGGAGCACAUUUAAACAAAGGUUUAGGUCUUGAGUUCCUUCAGCAUGCAGAAAGAACAAAGGCAUUACUUUUUGUGAUUGAUGGAUCAGUAGAUGAUGAAGGAAGAACACCAGUGUCAGACUAUCAGGCAGUGAAUAAAUGCGAUCGUAAAUAUGUGAAGUACAAUGAGAAACUAGAAAAGCUAAAGAAAGUGGCUCACACUGAUGUGAUACCGAUAAGUGCAAAGGAGGGAACAAACCUUGAAAUUUUGCUUGAAUCAAUCAGAGUACUAAUGAAAGAUAAGGUUGAAAAGUAAUGA